AUGUUGGAAAAUUCUACAGAGACAGUCGACGCAAUGCCGGACAACGAACCGGGCCUUGAUCGAUCACAGCCGACCUGGGUGGUAGAUUGGGAUGGGCCGGAUGAUCAAGAGAACCCCCAUAACUGGUCAACCAAAUUCAAACUGGUAGUCAGUCUGGUACUCGUUAUUCUACCCUUGAUUGUCAACAUUGGGUCCAGUAUUAUGGGUGGCUCCCUUGCGUUGCUGGAGAGGGAAUUUCACAUUGGCUCCGAGGUGGCCAUUUUGACGACCACUACCAUGUUUCUGAUGGCAAGUCCUCUUUUGAUUAAUGGUUUUGUCACCGGCCCACUCAUUUUCGGCCCAUUAUCUGAAAAGUAUGGGAGACGAUGGCCCAUUCUCAGUGGUGUCAUACUCUUCGCGACCUUCUGCAUUCCGGUCGCGGUAGCAGAGAACUUCUAUACCAUUCUAAUAUCACGCUUCUUCAGCGGCGCCUUUGGGGCGUCGUCGAUGGCAGUGACAGGGGGAGCCUUGACGGAUAUGUGGAAUACCGCAGUCAGUCGGGGUAUCUCGCUGGACUGCUUUGUGGCUACGGCCUUUGUAGGUCCUGUGAUUGGACCUUUAGUCGGCAACUUUAUCACACAGAGCCAUUUGGGGUGGCGAUGGACCAUGUGGAUUACUAUGAUCGCCGCAUAUAGCUUCUCAAUCGUUGCGUGUGUGGUCCUGCCAGAGACUUACGCACCCACGCUGCUCACGGCCAAAGCGGCACGACUACGAAUCCAGACCAAGAAUUGGGCACUUCAUAGUAAGAUGGAAGAGGAAGGCGAGACAACCUUAAAAACUUUUGCACAGGUCUAUUUGGUGCGCCCGUGGACUCUCUUGGCGACGGAGCCCAUUAUGAUGCUCGUCACUCUGUAUAUGAGCUUCCUCUAUGGGCUGCUAUUCCUCUUCUUCGAGGGAUUCCCCGUCUCAUUCGUGGAGCAGCGUGGGUGGAAACCCCAAAUCGGGUCCCUCUCUUUCCUGAGUCUUUUUGUCGGCAUCCUCCUCGGCCUGACCGGCAUGGUGACUUGGUCCUUGACAAUUUUCGUCAGCCAGGUCAAGUUAAAUCCUGGAAAAGUGGUGCCAGAGCUUCGUCUGCCGCCGAUGAUGGUGGGCGCAGUCGGACUCCCCAUUGGACUAUUCUGGUUCGCAUGGACCGGCAAUCCUAAUAUUCAAUGGAGUGCGGAGGUCGUGGCACCGGUGUUGGUGUCAGCAUCAAUGUUUGCCAUCUUUAUCUCGGGUUUGAAAUACGUCGUGGACGUGUACUUGAUCUAUGCGAACAGCGCCAUAUCCGCAAACACUGUCGUCCGGAGUUGCUUUGGGGCGGGGUUUCCACUGUUCGCCAAUGCUAUGUAUCACCGGCUGGGAUUCUCCUGGGCGACGAGUUUGCUGGCAUUUCUGGCCGUCGCCAUGGCCCCAGUUCCAGUCAUACUUUAUCUGUUUGGGCAGAGGAUCCGAAUGUGGUCGCGGAUGGCGGCCAACAAAACCUGA